GAUCAGAGCAAAGAGCCAGUGUAGCCCUGUUAUGUUGUUUCGCAUAAUGUUCCCCUGGAAGAAUCUCCCCUCUGAAAUGGAUGCUGGUGCUAGAACUCCCAGGGCUGCCACAGCUGCUCUGGCCACCCUCUUCUUGCUUGUCCAACUUUGUGAUGCCAACACUGUGUAUGCAGAGAAAGGCUCUUCCCCAGAGUUGCUUUGCCCAUGUCCAUCUUGUUCUGGAACUCAAAAAGUAUCCUGGUACUUUGUCCAGCAACGCAAAACCACUGCCCUCUUCCACAAAUUCUCCAACAGCAGUAUAGAGCGUUGCCCAGUUGCCUGGAGCCGGCUUGUGAUGCUUCAAAAUAACUCACUUCUAUUUAACCAUGUGGUGGAUAAUGACACGGGUCGUUACUGGUGUAACCUGAACCAUUUUUAUGAUCUUGUGGUUGUGACAGGCAGUCAGCAAAAGUUGGAGCCCAACCAGGCCAAUAGUGUCUGCUAUGUCUUGAGCUGUUUUUUUCCACCCAAGGAAGUCUACAGGGAUGUGAUAACCUGGUGGGAAGGUAGAAAGCAAAUCCUGGAAGGAGACCAGAUGGGAAGAUCCAGCAUAUUUAAGGGGAAAAAGGCCUCUCAGCUCCACAUUUGCUUGAAAAAAGAGGCUUUGAAGAAAAACAAGGAGAGGCAUGUCAAAUGUCGCUUUGCUCAGAAGACUGAAAUCAUGUUCAGGUUGACUGAUAAUGAUCACGACUUCUGUUCUUGUAGUACUUUGCUACCUUCUUCCCAGGGUACGUUUCUCCUCCUGAAUAUUUUAGAAUAUUUUAGUGUUUUUGGUGGUCAUUCCUUCUUACUAUUUGAGCUUUUUCUGGCUGCUGUCCUCUGUUUCUGCCUUUCCCUUGAUAUAGGGACAGUGAAAGAUGGUUUAUCAUCCCAGUGCUCAGAAAUCAAAAGAAAUGGAAUACCAUGGAUACCAUUGGCGGUUUGCGUUAUAUUGCAAUUUCUAAUCAUACUUGCUCUGCUGAUAUUGUGGAGAAGGAGCUGUAGCCAGAAGUACCCAGACCAUCUCAAGAAGCCCAGGAAAGAUGUCCCCAUGUCUGAAUACACACCACAGCUCUACGAGAAUGUCAGGAUUUGAUCAGGACGGCUGCUGUGACAAAGGAAACAUUUCAGUUCUCACUGAGUCAAACAAUCCUGGACCAGACCCAGCAACUCUUGAGCAAUGUUAUGUUUUUCCAAGAUGUAACUUUUUCCUGGCUUUUGUGUGUUUUUUUUUAUCCUACCAGACUGUUCUUAAUUCUCUGAUCAACCCUCCAGGAUUGUAGCUCCCAUCAUCUAGUGGCUCGGUUGGCUGGGGAAGAGGUGUUGAUUUGGUGUGGCACCUCAGGAAGGCACCAGAGUGGGUAGGUCAAAAAAGAAAGCCUUGGGUAUCUGGAGGAGUUUCCCCACAUCUGGAUUAAAGCCCCCUCCACCCAUCCUUGAGUCAGCAGAAAACAAUACAGGUGUGACAUUUGCUGAUCUCUCUCCUGCCUCUUUUUCAAGUCACUGCAGAGCAGACACUUGACUUUUCUCCAAGUGACAAAGCUGAAUGGAUUUUACACACUUUGAAGCUGUCCUUGGGUGAUAUUGAAAAUAGAGGAAAAAUGCUAUUUUAACAUCAGUACAGUUAAGGACUUCUUAAGCCUGUCUUACUCUUGAGCUGGGAUUAGAUAACAAUAACAUUGUGGGGCGUAGGAAAAAAGAGGUUGCCUGGGCACAUUUAUGCUGUGCACAGCUGCAACGGGAAAAAGGUAUUGAAUGGUGAUUCCAAUUUGGAUCCAAUGUUCUUCCAAAGUGGUCAGUCAUGGUUUUAACUGCUCUCCCUUAUGGAUUCAAGGUGAGAGUUCUCCAGUGAGGGACUUCUUCCAGUAUGAAAUACAUUUUUUCUGGUUUUUCACUUCAAUAAUUUUCUGUGUAGCACCGUGGAGCAUACUCAGGAUGACCAUCUUUUCAACAUUGGAUAUUAAAACGUUAAGGGAGCCAAAGGUCUUACUCUCUGGUUUUGGACGGCUUUAGUUGGUUCGUGUGCUACGGUGAUGCCGUGUGGUUGUAAUAGUCUGUUGGUUGUUUCUGAGACGCUUCUGAUGUAUGGCAGUGUUAUCCUUUUCAUAGUUUCUGUUGGUUGGGCUGUAGUGGGUUGGGUGGUCAGGCACGUUUUGAUAAAGUUGUGUGGUUAUCCACUUUGUAGGAAGAUGUUGUGCAGGCAAUCUGUUUCCUUUUUCAGGUGUUCUGGGUUGCUGCAGUGCAUUUGAACUCGUCUGAAUAAUGUUCUUACACAGCUUCUCUUGUGGGAGGUUGGAUUGUCACUUUGGUAAUGGAGCGCUUGGUUAGUGUGAACUGUUUUUCAAUAGACUAGUAUCUAUCGUUCAUCUCACAACACAUGGACAGACUCCACCAUAGUUUCACCUGGGAACCUGUGAGCAUCCUAGACCAAGCCAAAUCCAAAAAUG